ACAUUAGCAUACGCAGCGCCACCUGGUAAAACGGCAAUUGUGCUUACUCUUCACGUAAUCACGCCCGUGAGCCAUGACGCUGCGGCCUGCGGAAUCAGAAGCGUGGUGGUUUGGUCUCGUAGUCGUUGUCUUCAUGCAGUAAAAUAUUAAAAUAAUAAAAUAGUAUUUUUAAUUGUUGUACUAAUACAUUUUAAAUUUUAUAUUUUUUUAUUUAAACAUCACUUUGGACUUAUUUUCAACGAAAAUUACAAUGAAUAACAAGAAUAAGAGGUUUUCGGAUAGAGACAACUACGCCAAUCAUUUAUUGAACCAAUUGGACCCAAUCGUUUUUAAGAUAAUAGACCAUAUAGAUAGGCUCUACUCGGAAGAUCGAGUGUUCAUACACGAGAAUUUUAAAAGCAAACCUACCACAGAUAUCGAUUCAGAACCAAUGAUAUCUGCAGUUACUUCAUUAAUAGAAAUUCUCUAUGGAAACUCUAUAUGGGAUCCAUCAAUGAAGGAGGAAAUCAUAAAUCAUAUUUCAAUUGUUGGACAAUAUUUCAGAACACCGAAUUUACGCUUCCAUUUAUCAUCAUUUCACGCGAUCUUGAUUUAUCAUAUUGUACGUGGAUUUAAGGAAAAGCUCAAUGAAUUUGAUGUUGAUAAACGAGUACAAAUCGUUGAGUCGAUUGAUCCAAUCGAUAAAUAUGUAGCGAAAUUACGUCGUGGAUGAACUAUAAUUUGUAAUUUGCAUUACAUUAGUAUCCAACACCGGUAACACUGAUACAGACCUAGUAGAAUUAAUUAUUAUUUCACCAGUCAUUGAAAAUUUAAAUUGUAUGAACCUAUUAACUAAAAAAUGAUUAAUAAUUUUUUAUAUAGUAUACUUAGCAGGCACACAUUUAAUAACUAAAUAUCUUUUACAGUUAACAGUUAAAAUAAAGUUUGACAAAGUAGAGAAGUGCUCCAACAAAUUUAGAUGUAUUUCGUUUAUGCUUGUUAUAGUGUUCCCAACUUUGUAAUGGUGAUUACAGAAUAAUAGAAUGAAUUAUUACUCGUUUUAUUAGAUUACUAUUUACUACUUAUCUUAAUGUUUAAUUUUUUAAAUUGAUACUUAUUUUAUACUACAAAAUUAAUUUUUAAUUAUUGUAAUCAAAUACAAACUUCUUAUUGUGUCCGGUGCUGGAACUAUAUGGCAUAUUAUGCUAUUACAUUAAUAAAUACAAUAAAACUUAAAUAUUUAAAAAUUA